GAAAAAUUAAAAUAUGGAAACUGCUGUCUCUUCUAUUCAGGUUACUCAACCUCAGCAGUUUGCAAUUCAAAGUGUUCAAGGUGCUACUGCAGCUCAAAUUCAGAUAUUUUCACAAGAUCCUAACAACCAUGGAAAAGCAAUUUAUAUUAUAGAUCCAAAUCAAGCAGGUGGAGGUUUACAAAUGAUAUCAAAUGCUGAUCAACGGUUUGUAGAAUAUUCAUCUUCAGCUGUACCUUCAGCCAGUCUUUCUGGUGCAACUGCUGUUAUGAUGAAUGGACAACAAGUUAUUGCACAGCGUGUGCCUGUUGCAGUUGAACCACUUGAUGAACCUUUAUAUGUUAAUGCUAAACAAUACCAUAGAAUAAUAAAACGCAGAUUGGCUCGAGCAAAGCUAGAAGCUGAGGGUAAAAUUCCUAAAGCAAGGAGGAAAUACCUACACGAGUCUCGACAUUUACACGCUGUACGACGAAACAGAAGUAUGGGUGGCAGGUUUGUUGGAAAAGGAAAAUCUGACGACAAAGACAUGGAAAAUGAAAUGGUUUCACCGAGAACUAUAGAUAACUCGAAUAGUUUUCAUGCUGUAAAUGGAUAUCAAACAUCUAAUUUUCAAUCGCUAAACGCUAACCAAUCAAAACCCAUGCAACAUACUUUAAUUCAGAUACAAAAUAACAUGCCGGUGAUGUCAGCGGUAAUUCAACCAUCAUCGAAUCGAGGUGAAAGUUUUUCUACUGCCAACCGAAACUAUGAUGCAGAUUGAUAUAUUUUGCUUUAGUGAUCUCUAUAAAUUGGUUUUUUAUUAUUAUAUUUAUUUCUUUAUCUUAAAGUAUUAUAUGUGGAAAAUUUAUUUUACAGUUGUAUUACGUUAGCUAAUGCAGUUGUGAAAUUAAUGUUGUAAAAUAUAAGAAUAAUAUGUAAAACGAAAGUAAAAUGAUUUUUUGUUAAUUAAAUUGAAAAGUAGCUUUAUAUGUUAUGAUUUA